AUGUGGCUCCCUUUGCGCUUCUGCCGUGCCUACUUAUGUGAAACCAGAUUGUCUUGGGAUACUUGCCAUGAUCGCAAAAAGUUUUUUAUUUUAUCAAUGUUUCCUUAUCCUUCUGGAAAUUUGCAUAUGGGGCAUCUACGUGUUUACACAGUGGCGGAUGUCUUGGCUAGGUUUUAUCGUCUUUUGGGUUAUUCAGUCAUUCAACCGAUGGGCUGGGAUUCCUUCGGCCUUCCAGCCGAAAAUGCAGCUAUAGAUAAAGGUGCGCUUCCAAAGGAAUGGACUUACAAAUCUCAAUUCGAUUCCGACAUGCUUUUGAGUAUAAACUGGGAUAAAGAAUUAUCUACCUGUGACCCAAAUUACUAUAAGUGGACCCAAUAUAUAUUUACACAACUUUUUCAUCGAGGACUCGCGUAUCAGAGAUUUGCCAAGGUUAACUGGGACCCUGUGGAUGAAACUGUAUUAGCUGACGAACUAGUUGAUAAUGAUGGGCGAUCCUGGCGUUCUGGAGCUGUCGUUGAACGAAAAUCACUUCGUCAAUGGUAUUUUCGGACGUCUUUAUAUUCACAGUCAUUACUGGAUAGCUUAUCGACUAUUCAGGGCAUGCAGUGGCGUGAUGUUAUUAACCUUCAAAAAGGCUGGCUUGGUUCCCUCACUCAUACGCUUGUAGAGUUUGACCUCAUUCCCGCAUCAUUACCUGUAAAGAAGGCUUCCACACAAAUUACCCCAUCAGAUAGCGCUGAACAAAGUUUACAGGGGCAACGUAUCAGCGUUUUUCACCUCCACCCUAGUCUUAUAGUCGCAGAUGCAUUCGACUUCCUUUCCGUUGGGCCUGAUAGCCCCUACUGGUCCGAAAAAUUCAGGCGAGUGAGUUCCCUUUAUUAUACUAUUUUUAUACUAUAA